AAAAAAGAUGGAAAUAGUUCUUCAUAUAAAAAGGGUAAGUUUUGUCUUAUUUAUUUGAGUUUAUAAUUAUUUUAGUUAUUGUAUUUUUAGAAGGACCUUAAUAAAAAAUACAUUAUAUAUACACAUUAUUUUUGAUAUAUCAUAAAUAAAUAUUGUAAGUACACAUUGUACGUUGCUUCAAAAUAAUGUUAUAGUAUUUAAAUAUUAUAUAUUUAUAAAUUAUCAAUUGUAUGUAUCAUAUACUUAAUAAAAAAUUAUUAUUAAACGCAUUGGAAAGAAAUAUUUUUGUGAAAAUGAAAAAGGGAACAUUUUUGUCAAAUAUUCGACAACGUGGCACCCUGUAAAUGAGUUUAUCAUUAUUUACACUCAUUGCAGAUGAAAUAAAUGUAAACAAGACUGUUUAUAGCAAAAUAAAUUACCCUGCAACAUUCAUUUAAAAGUUCUUUCCAUUUUAUACCCACAUAUAGACAAGUAGUUCUUAUUGGUGUUUUGUAACAUUAUUGGUUUGACAUAGAUCAGUAGUGUUGUAAGAUGGCUUUAGUGCAGCCGGUUAUUUAUUUUAUCAUCUUUAUUCUGUUCACUUUAAUAUUAAUUAAUAUUUGGCGAAGAAGAAAAUUGUAUAUUUUAUCGUGGCAAUUACCCGGUCCCGUGGCUUUUCCUCUCAUCGGAAAUGCUCUAGUGUUUAUGUGCAAAGAAGAAGAUAUUUUUGAGCAAGCCAUAAAUGUCACUAGGAAUUAUCCCCAAAGUCCAAUAAGAUUUUGGCUGGGGCCAAAAUUGAUAGUUCUUUUUCAACAUGUUGCACAUGCAGAGAGAAUAAUGACUUCCACAAAUUUCCUAACGAAGGAUCCAAUCUACAAGUUUAUGAAGACUUUCAACGGAGAAGGAUUAAUAACUGGUUCUGGUGACAAAUGGAAACGCGACAGAAAAUUAAUGAGUCCAAUUUUCAAAUUUGAGUUCGUUUCACAAUAUUUUCCCAUUAUUUUAGAUAAAUCUAACAGACUGGUGGAGAAACUUGUAGAGGAAAUAGAUAAACCCACUUUUGACAUUAGACUGUAUCUUCAUAGGUGUGUUGCGGAUUAUGUGUCAGAAACAAUUCUUGGCAUACCUUUGAAUACUCUAGAAGGAGAAAUGGAUGUAUUUUUAAAAGCAAUAGCUCGAACUUACACAAUAAUACAUGCAAGAAUCAUCAAAGUUUGGUUACAAAUUGAAUGGAUAUUUCGCCUCACAAAAUUCCACAAAGAACAAGAAGAAGCAAAAGAUAUAUAUUUCGAUGUAAUAAAAACAGCCAUAAAUCAGACUAGAAACAGAAAAGGACGCCAAGAGGAAACCAAAAAAAACAACAUUAGUUUCACUAGUUUUAUUUUAUAUCUACAAGAAAAUCAUAAAAACUACGCGACAGACAAGGAAGUUGUUCAUCAUCUUUCAACGAUUUUUUCAGCUAGCGAAGAUACGAUAACAGUUAUUUGUUCUUUCGCCCUUGUUUUAUUUGGAAUGUAUCCUAACAUACAAAACAAAGUGGUAGAAGAACUGGAAGAAAUAUUAGGAAAUUCAAAUCGAGAUAUCCAGCUAGAAGACAUUGAAAAACUUAAUUAUCUAGAAAUGUGUAUUAAGGAUGUGUUAAGACUGUUUCCAAUUGCUCCAUUUAUUAUGAGAAUGUCCUCAAAAGCUAUGAGAAUUGAUUCUGUAAUCAUUCCAGAGUGUUGUUCAUGUGUCAUUAACAUAUACGCGAUCCACAGAGACACAAAUUUAUGGAAAUAUCCUAAUGAUUUUUAUCCAGAACAUUUCCUUCCUCAAGAAGUAAAAAAGCGACACAAUUUCGCUUUUCUUCCUUUUAGCGGUGGACUUCGAUCAUGUUUAGGAAGGCAAUACGCUUUUCUGAGUAUGAAAACGACGUUGGCCACUGUAUUAAGAAAUUUUAUUAUCGAGUCUGACGGUAAAUUGGCGGAUAAGAAACUCAAAACUGAUAUAAGUGUUCGAUUUAAGGAUGAUUUGUAUCCCGUUCGAAUUAAACGAAGAUAUUAAAGAUGUUUGGCAUAUGAAAAUU